UGGGUGUGCCCGUCCGUCUGCCUGUCUGUCUGCCUGCCUGCCUGUCUGUCUGCCUGCGUGCGUGCGUGUGAGCGUGAGAGAAAAGGGGCCAAGCGCAGCGUGCGUGAGCUUUUGCCAAGCGGCUUGUGUGUGUGUGUGUGUGUGUGUGUCGGCAGGACCAUCCCGCGUUGUUGGCCCUGUUAAAGGGUAAGUGUAUUGCGCCAACGAUCGUCAUCGUCUCUGUCACGCACGGGCCUGCGCGCGCGCACGGCUCAGCCAUGCACGCUGCGCAGGUGAACUUCUUGGGAAUGUUGCGGCUUGCCUUUUUGCCCAUUCCAAACUUCCCGACUUUGACUUGAAGACCGACCACAUGCACAAUGUAGUGGGCAUGUUACCGAAACCGUCGUCAGCACACGCGCGCGCGUGGGGCGGGCUUGUGCAAGUGACUGCUUGUCCAUGUAUGUGUGUGCGCGUGUGUGUGAUACGCGGAUACCUCGCCGGCAGAGCGUAAAGCUAAGAAAACAGGGACCGACUUGAACGGACUCUUUGGGUGUCCUCCAACCAACGCUCAACAUGCUUCUCCACAUUCCUCUUGUCUGUGUUGGACUGUGUGCGCGUGUGUGUCUACGCGUAUCUGGCUGCUUUCUCACACUCAACAUGCUCCUCCGUGCUUUUCUUCGGGAACAUUGCGUCCACAAUGGAAGACUUGUUGCAGUCACGAAAGCUUUUGCGCGGUGGAGGUGACAGUUUGCGGCCACGUGGCCGUCUCACAUUUCCCGCACAGGCACAGCUCUCGAAAGGAGCUCCUGAAAAUUGACGAUUCAAAGGAACAGAACACCUUGUACGCGUGACCGAGCCGGGGCGGGCCGAGCUGAGCCGGCCUCUGCUCACGCGUGAGAAGCUCCGGGAAAGUUUGGCUUGAGGACAGAAACGCCACCCCCCCACUUCGCUAGCGGAUGCUGCGGUCCGGAUCAAAGCGGAGCCAUCGGGGGCUGGCCACCUGGAGAAGUCUGAAGGCGGUUGCAUGGACAUGGCGCUGCCCAGGUUCUCCCCGCAGAGGGGAUCCUUGACCUGGUCCGUCGGCACACGGAACCGAGCGGGAUGUGGCACGGAAGCACGGGACGUCCCUAGGCCAGAUGAGGAAAGAAGGAUCGAAGAAGUUGAGGGGGAGCGAAGAGACCAGAACCGAAAAGAGGGCAAAGUGUCCCGGGAACGAGGUGACGAGAACCUUAAAGAGGUCAAAGCAGCCCGGGAAGGGUGGAACGAGGAAAUAAGCGACGGCGCGCGGGGAGACCGAAGACCACGUGACCACAAAGGAGGCGCGCGGGGAGGACGUGACGAGGGAGAAGCGGGCGUCGAAGGAGGAGGGGCCUUCAAAGCUGAGCCUGCAAUCCAAAUGGAAGAUGAAGACGGAGGCCACAAACAGCCCAGCAAAGGACAGCGGCCCCCAACGCUGACACACACGCCCACUGGAGCCUGCUGGGAACAAAACACGCAGCCAAUGGCCACGCCAGACGCCUGUUCUGAAAAGCUCCUGGAACAAGUCGACUCUCAGGACUCACUUUCAGAACCGGGGCACCCGGAGGAAGGCCGAGGCGGUCCUCCUGACGGCCAAGGCGGUCCCGCUGACGCCCACGACCGACCCGCUGUCGCCCACGGCGGUCCCGCCGACGCCCACGGCGGACCCGCUGUCGGCCAAGGCGGUCCUGCUGCCGCCCAAGGCGGACCUGCUGACGCCCAAGGCGGACCUGCUGACGCCCAAGACGGACCUGCUGACGGCCAAGGCGGACCUGCUGUCGGCCAAGGCGGUCCUGCUGAGGAUUCGCCCUUUGAAGACUCUUUUUGGACGCAAGACUGUUGUUGCAAAGAGGGUGUCGCGCACGACGGUGGCGGUGAAAAGCUGGCAGAAGGUGCCCACGGCGAGAGGCGUCCCAAAGGCUUUGAGCGCCCAGAGGACCCUCCUUGCCAAAGGAAGCACCCGGACGCCGAGCUGAGCUUGCUGAUGGACGCGGAUUCAGACUCGCGUCUGCGUACGGACCCGGCGGCGCAGGUGCCGACCUCGCUCCGGGGCCUUUCUCAGCACGUGGAUGUCCGGCAGCUCCCGUGCCACUUGGGCUUCAGUCACGACAGCUGGUCGGCCUUCCGCUCCAGAGUGGAGCAGCUGAGCGCCCUGUGUGAGGAUGUGGUCAAGCUGCUGCAGAAGAACAUUGACGUGAUGGAGGACACGCGCCUGCCUGACACGCAGCAGGAUGCCGAGCGGCAGCUGGCCAUCUACCGGGAGUUGAUGCGCGGGGUCCUCGGAGACGGCCCAUUGGCGCGCCUGCAGCGGGAAGGCGGAGCCUGGCUGUCGCUGCUGCGACGGGAGCAGCGAGGGGAGCGGCGCCGCGCGGCAGCCGUGGCCGCCGUUUCCCGCCUGUACGAGCGGACGGACGAGCUGCUCCACCGCCUGGUGGCCUUGAACAACCACAGAACGCGACAGCUCCAGCAGCUCCUGCGGGAUUUGUGCCGCGCCGCCCGCGCCUUUGGACAGGCGAGCUCGUGGAUGGACGGGGAGGGCCAGGUGCAGCUCACCUGUCCAGACCGGCCCGAGGAGUCGCCGGAGGCGCUCUGCCAGAAGCAGUGGGACGUGCGCGGCGCGCAGCAGCUGAGCUUUGCCGGCGCCUCGUGUCACGAGGCCCGCGCCGCGUUCGACGAGAAGACUGCGCCGUUGAGGCGGCAGCGGCGGAGCUAUCGCUCAAGCCCCUCCUUCACGGACACGCCGCGCAGCGACGCGGGACCGAGCCCCGCGGCUGACGGCCCCCCCUCGGUCGGGCGGACGCCCCUCCUCCGCCGGCUGUUUGGCGGCGACCCCGGCGGGGCCCGCCGCCGAUGGUCGGUCGGCUCCGCCCCCUCCUCCUUCCCACGUCUGCUCGGUAAAGCUCAGAGCUUCGACUGCCCCGCCUUUGCCGCCGCGGUCUGCUCUGGCCCCCCGGCGGCGCGCCCCAACAGCACCCCGGCGCGCCGGGGAAACACAGGCGUGUUCAUCCGAGGUUUGGAGGUCAACAGCACCGAGGCGGUGGACCGCAUCCUCCGCCCCGCCUGGGCGGGGCGCGGCUCCGGGAUGCCAGGGACCGAGAGUCCGGCCACGGAAGUCCGGGGAGACGGAAGGAGGUUGCGUCACAUCCUGGAGGAAAUGGUGACCACGGAGCGCCAGUACGUGCGCUCGCUGCGUUACGUCAUCCGUCACUACUUUCCCGAGAUGGAGCGCGCCGACCUCCCGCAGGAGCUGCGCGGGAAACGCUCGGUGCUCUUCGGCAACCUGGAGAAGAUUCUGGACUUCCACGCUCGCUUCUUCCUGAAAGAACUGGAGGCCUGCAGGAAACAUCCGCUGCGAGCGGCGCACUGCUUCAUGAGACACCAGGAGCAGUUGAGUCUGUACGCCCUGUACAGUAAAAACAAGCCCAAGUCCGACGCUCUGCUGGCCAGUCACGGCCUCGCCUUCUUCAAGAGGAAGCAGCGCGAGCUGGGCGACAAGAUGGACUUGUGCUCGUACCUGCUGAAGCCGGUUCAGCGCAUGAGCAAGUACGCGCUGCUGCUGGAUGACCUCAUCGAGGAAGCGGGCCCGGGCCCAGAGGAGGAGCUGAGCGCGCUGCGGGUGGCCGCCGCCGGCGUCAAGUUCCAGCUGCGCCACGGCAACGACCUCCUCGCCAUGGACGCCAUCCGACAUUGCGACGUGGACCUGAAGGAGCAGGGGCGGCUGCUGCGCCAGGACCGCUUCACCGUCUGGAGCGGAAGGAAGAAGUGCGACAGACGGGUCUUCCUCUUUGACCAGCUGCUCCUCCUCAGCAAAGCCAAGAAGGUGGACAGCGGCCUGGACGUCUUUGACUACAAGCGCUCAUUCAAGACUUCGGACUUGGGCCUGACCGAGUCGAGGGGAGACGACGGCCUCUGCUUUGAGAUUUGGUUCCGAAGGAGGACGUCCAAGACCCUGACCCUGCGGGCCGCCUGCGCCCAAGUUAAAGAUGCCUGGACGCGUGAGCUGGCCGCUAUCCUCUGGGCGCAGGCCGCCAUGAACAAAGAGGCGCGUCUGAAGGAGAUGCUGUCCAUGGGGGUGGGCAACAAGCCUUAUUUGGACAUUCGGCCCAGCGCCGCCGCCAUCAGCGACCGAGCCGUUCACCACGUCAGCGGGGUGCGAGGUGUCAGGACACGCGCGUCCAUCGCCGUCUCGGCCUCCGACGCCAGCGCCCCCUUCCGGCGAGCGGUGCCGACCUCCGAGCCCACGUGGAGCUGCCUGCUGGGCUCCCUCGAUCUGCACGUGUGGGGCGACGUGGCGCCGCCCUGCGUCGACGAAGACGAGCGGGAGCGCCGCACCGCCGCCAGCCAGCUUUCCGUCGCCACUGAAAGUUCGGGCUCGUCGUCCCGUUGCCCGUCGGGGUCCGCCGGCUCCGACUCCGGCUGCGACUCCUUCCGCCCGCGGGACCCGAGCUCCGCCUCCUCAGGCUCCUCCCGCAAAGCCGGGGCGGCGGCCAUCGUCGGCCCGGUCACCGACGUGUGAGCGCUUUGGACGACUUGUGCCGUCGCCGUGGCUGGCGACCGCUAUGACCGAUGUUGGGAAAGCUGCGACUCGUUGCAACUCGCCGCCGUUCCGUGCUCACUCUUGUGUCUUCUGUUCAUGGCAUCUGCUGGCACUUUUUC